CCGCUAUGUGCAGGGAAUAACGUUAGAGCGGUUGCUAGCGUGAGACCGACAGAGACGGAGCCGGUGCGUCCCGCUCCCUGGCGACGAGGAGAUGGCGGGAUGACGUAGCUUUGCCAAGGACUUAGCAGCUAAGCAGAAAAUGAGCUUAACAUCCUGGUUUUUGGUGAGCAGUGGAGGCACCCGCCACAGGCUGCCACGAGAGAUGAUUUUUGUUGGAAGAGAUGACUGUGAGCUGAUGUUGCAGUCACGUAGUGUGGACAAGCAACACGCUGUAGUUAACUAUGAUGCCUCUACAGAUGAACACUUGGUGAAGGAUUUGGGCAGCCUAAAUGGGACGUUUGUGAAUGAUGUGAGGAUUCCUGAACAGACAUACAUUACUCUGAAGCUUGAAGAUAAAUUGAGAUUUGGCUAUGAUACUAAUCUUUUUACUGUAGUCAGAGGCGAAAUGAGGGUCCCUGAAGAAGCCCUUAAGCAUGAAAAAUUUACAAGUCAACUCCAGUUAUCCCAAAAAUCCUCAGAGGCAGAAGGAUCAAAGCCAGUCAGCUCCACAGGUGCAGAGCCAAAGGUACCAGAUGCCACAGGUGAAGUGCAUCACAAAGCUACAGAAGCAUUGAAGUCUGAAGAAAAAUCUAUGGAUCUUUCUGCCAUGCCUCGUGGUACACCUUUGUAUGGACAGCCAUCCUGGUGGGGUGAGGAUGAGGCUGAUGAAAAAAAUGGUUGCAAACAGGAUGUCAAACAUGAAGAAAAAAUACAUGAAACAGGAGCUUCAGGAUGCAGCACAGAUGCCAAGCAAGUUGAGGAGAAAUCUUCAGCUGCAAAUGAAGAAGAACUAUAUCCUUUCUGUAGGGAGCCAAGUUACUUUGAAAUUCCUACAAAAGAAUUCCAGCAACCUUCACAAAUAGCUGAGAGCACUAUUCAUGAAAUCCCAACAAAAGACACCCAAACCUCACAUGCAGCAGGUGCAGGGCAUGCUUCAUUUACCAUUGAAUUUGAUGACACCACUCCAGGAAAAGUAACUAUCAAAGAUCAUGUGACAAAAUUCACUUCAGAUCAGCGCCACAAGCCGAAGAAGUCUUCUCCUGGUGGACAGGACCUUCCUGGGCUUCAAACUGUGAUGAUGGCUGCUGAGAGCAAAGUAGCUGACUGGCUAGCACAGAACAAUCCCCCUAGAAUGAUAUGGGAAGCAACAGAGGAGGAUUCCAAAAGUAUUAAGAGUGAUGUUCCAGUUUACUUGAAGAGGCUGAAAGGAAAUAAACAUGAUGAUGGGACACAGAGUGAUUCAGAAAAUGCUGGUGCACGCAGGCAUUACAAUAAGCGAGCAACACUUGAUGAGCAUUUAAGGCAUCAACAUAUAGAACAGAAAAAGUCAUACCAGAAAGCCCAUACUACAGAAAAGCAUGAAGAGCAGGCUGCUAUAAGUCAGACUGCUAGUAGGGUAGCACAUGGUGUUCAUGCAAAACUAUUAAAACAAAAAUCAGAAGAACCCUCGGUUGCAUUACCUUUCUUACAAACUGCAUUGUUAAGAAGUUCAGGAAGUCUUGGACAUAGACCAAGCCAAAACCAGGAGAUGGACAAAAAAUUUAAAAGCCAACUUGUUUCUGCUGCUACUGAAAAGGACAAUGAUGAUGACCAAAGUGACAAAGGUACUUACACUAUUGAGUUGGAAAAUCCCAAUUCUGAGGAAAUGGAAGCACGUAAAAUGAUUGACAAGGUGUUUGGAGUGGAUGACAGCCAGGAUUAUAAUAGGCCUGUUAUCAACGAGAACCAGAAAGAUUUAGUAAAAGAUUGGGCUAUAAAUUCUGCUACAGUAGUGCUGGAAGAAAAAAGACCACUGAGUACAACUGGAUUUCUUGACACAGAGGAAGGCUCUGCUGCAUCUGGAAGUAAACGUUGGGUGUCCCAGUGGGCUAGUUUGGCUGCUAAUCAUACACGACAUGACCAAGAUGACAUGAGGUUGGAGUCAUCUGCACCUGCUCCUCUAGAAAACGAUACUGACAUCAGUGAAUCUGGUAUUUCAGUUAGAAGUACUAGCUCAGCUACUUCUGUGACUAGCCAAGGUGAGCGAAAGAGGAGAACACUUCCACAGCUUCCAAAAGAGGAAAAAGCCACUGAAAGUUCAAGAGCAAAGGUUACACCUCAUCAGAGAUCAGAGAUAGGUGAAAAACAAGACACAGAACUUCAAGAGAAAGAAACUCCAACUCAUGCAUCCCAAAAAGAAAUGCCACAAGAUGCAGGUAGUAGGAGCAUGGCUAAGGCAAACAGGACAAUGAAUGGCCUUUCUCCUAAACCUGGUGGAGACCACAAAGUGUCUUCUCACCCCAUUAGCUUCUCUUCUUCCAGUAAAGAGAAAAGUGAAAUUGUCAGGGAAACUUCAGUUGUAAAGCAAGCUUUAGCUAAAAUUCAACAGCAAGAGCAAAAGGAGCAGGCACAUAGGACUUCAACUAAAGUGUCUUCAGCUAAACUUCUUGCCAGUCAAGUUGAGAAAGGUAGAGAGGAGACUCCUACUCCACAUAAAAUGUUGGAUAAUCAUCAAGAAAAAGCCCCAGGACAUUCUACAAGUAAAGCAGAAAUGAAGAUUGUACAAAGUGAAGGGAAAAGAAAAAAAACUGAGGAAAUUAUAAAAGGCCAAACUCCAAAAGGAUUAGGAGGAGAGAAGAAAGAAUCUUCAAAACCGUUAGUGAGACAAGGCAGCUUUACUAUAGAUAAACCUAGUACAAAUAUACCGAUAGAGCUUAUUCCUCAUAUUAAUAAACAAACUGGAUCUACUCCCCCUUCGUUUGCUUUAACCUCCACAAACAGAAUACGUGAGAGAAGUGAUUCCGUGGACACUGAUUCUAGUCUGGAUACAACACUUAUUUUAAAAGACACAGAAGCAGUAAUGGCGUUCCUUGAAGCUAAAUUACGAGAAGAAAACAAAACAGAUGAAGGACCUGAAACUCCUAGCUAUAACAGAGAUAAUUCCAUAUCACCCGAGUCAGAUGUAGACACUGCUAGCACAAUCAGUCUGGUUACUGGUGACACUGAAAGAAAAACCACUCAAAAGCGAAAAAGCUUUACUACCCUGUAUAAAGAUAGAUGUUCCACUAGUUCUCCUUCCAAGGAUGUUUUAAAAUCUUCUGCAACAAAUGCUAGAGAAAAGAUAGAAAAGAAAACUAAAAGCCGAUCUUCAGAUGCUGGUUCAAGAGCAGAGGGUCGUAAACUUGUGCAACCCAGUGGAAGAAUGAGACAACCUUCAGUAGAUUUAACAGAUGAUGACCAAACAUCUAGUGUACCACAUUCUGCCAUAUCUGAUAUCUUGUCAUCUGACCAAGAAACUUAUUCUGGCAAAUCACAUGGAAGGGGUUAUUUUACCUCUGCAGAUGAACUCUUACAUUCCAAAAUGGAAGGCAGUAAGUCAGCUAAAUCAAAGACCUCUCCUGUUACAACUGGGCAAUCCAGUAAGUCAAUCACUCUUCCAAGACCUCGUCCCACAAGGACUUCUCUCUUGCGCAGAGCACGACUUGGUGAAGCCUCAGAUAGCGAACUUGCUGAUGCAGAUAAAGCUUCAGUGGCUUCUGAAGUGUCCACUACAAGUUCUACAUCAAAGCCUCCCUCAGGAAGGAGAAAUAUCUCCAGAAUUGACUUACUUGCCCAACCACGCAGAACUAGGCUCGGUUCUUUAUCAGCACGUAGUGACUCUGAAGCCACAAUAACUAGAAGCACUGCCUCAUCUCGUACUGCAGAAGCCAUCAUUAGAAGUGGUGGAAGAUUAACACCAUCAGCAGAUAGUAGUAAAGUUUCUGCUAGAACUAGAGCUAAUAGCAUUUCUCGACUUUCCGAUUCUAAAUCCAAAUCAUUGACCUCCGCCCAUAAUUCUCCAUCAGUAAAUUCAAGAUGGAGGCGCUUUCCUACAGAUUAUGCUUCCACCUCAGAAGAUGAGUUUGGAUCAAACCGUAAUUCCCCUAAACAUACCCGUCUACGUACUUCUCCAGCCCUGAAAACCCCUCGAUUGCAGAGCUCUGGGACAGCAAUGCAAACUAGCAAUACGUUCAAGCACAGGAUCAAGGAACAGGAGGACUACAUUCGCGAUUGGACUGCUCAUCGAGAAGAAAUAGCAAGGAUCAGUCAAGACCUGGCUCUCAUCGCACGGGAAAUCAACGAUGUAGCAGGAGAGAUAGAUUCAGUGACUUCAUCAGGCACUGCUCCGAGUACCACAGUAAGCACUGCUGCCACCACCCCUGGCUCUGCCAUAGACACUAGAGAAGAGCUGGUUGACCGUGUAUUUGAUGAAAGUCUGAACUUCAGAAAGAUUCCUCCAUUAGUGCAUGCCAAACCACCAGAGGGGAACAGUCGGUCCAAUGAUGCUAGGCCUCAGUUAACAGAUGCUCUUGAUCCUCCAACAAUUACACGGAGGAGAACGUGGAGCAGAGAUGAGGUCAUGGGAGACAGCUUGCUAUUAUCCUCAGUCUUCCAGUUUUCUCGGAAGAUAAGGCAAUCGAUAGACAAAACAGCUGGCAAAAUCAGAAUAUUAUUUAAGGACAAAGACCGGAAUUGGGAAGAAAUUGAAAACAAGUUACGAACUGAGAGCGAAGUUCCUAUUGUAAAAACUUCAAGCAUGGAGAUUUCAUCAAUCUUGCAGGAGCUGAAAAGAGUUGAAAAACAGUUGCAAGUGAUUAAUGCUAUGAUUGACCCUGAUGGUACUUUGGAUGCUCUGAGCAACUUGGGAUUCACAAGCCCUGUCUUACCUGCUCAACCUAAACAUAAGUCCAGCCCUGUUUCUCACAGUACCCGCGCUCAGAUACAACCAAACUGUCAACCUGAAGCUAGGGCCCUUCGGCCUGCCGUCAUCUCUGUUUCAACUGCAUUUGACAAUGUUGAAUCCAAGCCUGACUUCAGCAUACAUUUCAACAGGUUCAACCCAGAUGGGGAGGAGGAAGAUCCCAGUGUGCGUGAAUGA